GCUGAACACGCCGGGGUUUAACCGGCCUUGUCGUGAUGGAUUCCUCUCCGGAAAUGGAGAGGUUUGGGGUGUCCGAUGCAGACUUGGAGUACAUGAUGGAUCCUAUGAAACGUCGUUAUAAGGAAUCACGAAAAAAGAAGAUAUACGGUAUUUUUGCCUCCGACGAUUCUGGAUCAGAUGGAGAGAAAAGUGGUUUUGGCGGCCGGGAUGCUGGUUUGAAGCGUAAGGGUGCAAAUUAUUCUGCACCGAUCACAUUUGUCAGUGGUGGAGUGAAGGCUGGUGACAAUACAGAAAAGGACGAUCAGAGCGGCCCACCAAUUUCAGAUGACGAAGAAGAUCGGAUGGAGGCCGGCAUCCGUGGCUCCGAUUCCGACUCCUCAUCAGAUGCGAAGCCGUCUACGAAGUCUUAUAGACGACCAACCGUUUCGGUCGGAGCUGGUCGGAGAGCAGCCGUUGCAGCAGCUGGAUCGAAGUCAGCUGUGACUGGUUUUGGUGCAUGGGAACGUCACACCAAAGGAAUCGGGAUGAAGCUUUUGGAACAAAUGGGUUAUCAACCAGGAAAGGGACUUGGUUCAGAGGGUCAGGGUAUCGUAACACCGGUUCAAGCAACAGUCCGAACAGGAAAGGCGGCUGUGGGUUAUUUCGGCCAGGAAUCUGCACCUGCUCCGAUUCGGGGAACGGAUGUUACUGAAUCUGAAGUUACUGAAAAAAUAGAGGGCCCGCGGUACAAAAAGAAGACGGGCAAAUCUACCCGAGUUACUUAUGAAUACAAAACGGCUGAUGAAAUAGUGGCCAGUAUUUCUCCAUCUACUACUGCUGGCGCCGUGAAGCGCCACGGCUUGUUUCUAGAGAAUAGUGAGAUGUCCAAAGUAAAGGUUAUCGAUAUGACCAGCAAAGAGCAACGUGUCUACACGGGCUAUGAAGCAGCACUUUCACGCACAACAAGGUACAGUCAGAAACCGGAAGAUGGCAUUUCUGGAGCGUCUGGUCCGGACGCGGAAAGCAAAAGACUGGAGCAACGUCGAGAAGGUCGUUUGUUUGACUGUCCAGCCUUGAGACACAAUGUCGGACUGCUGCUACGUUCAAGCGAAGAAAGUAUCCGAAAGCUGGAUCGGAUGGCGCGUUUCGAAGAGGACCACUGUGUUGCUCUGGAACACGAGAUUGAAAAAUUGUCUGAGACGGUUAAAUGUGAAUCCGUUGAAGUACGGCGAUUGCGUAUCGCCUUGGAUCUGAUCGCCCGGUUCGAAGCUGAAUUAGGGCAUGGUGAUAAGGGCCUGUCACCAGAAGAUAUUGCAACGUGGAUGUCAAGAGUGAGGGAAGAAUGCGCGGAACUUCCAGAAAUGCCCGUGCUCAUGGCAGCCAUGGCUCGACCAAUGUUGGAAUCGUCUUUAAACAAAUGGAAACCAUUAUCAGAUCCUUCUUAUUGUUACCAGUUGUUAUCGAAGUGGAAAGACUCCUUCCAGAAUUCGCUAGCGUUUGAUGUCAUUCUGGAAACCAGUUGGCUCAACACGCUUCGGCGCACUAUUGUGAAUGACUGGGAACCAAGAGAUUGUGAGCCUCUUCUACAAGUCUUGGAGGCUUGGCGCCCGUUGCUUUCAGAUGAGCUUUUGGAGAACCGUAUCCUGAAUGACCUAGUCCUACCGAAAUUGCAGCUUAACCCGGCCUCGCAGAACAUGGACGUAUGGAACUGGGUUAUGAGGUGGGCUGACUUGAUUGGACCAGCAGUCUUGGUCAACCUUUUAGAACAGCACUUUUGGCCGCGUUGGUUAACAGUCCUCGCGAACUGGCUGCGUCAAGGUGUUGAAGCCAGACAACAUGGGGACCAUGUAUCAGCUGGACAGGUCUACCAAGACGUUGGACGCUGGUAUGCCGGGUGGAAGGGCCAGCUUCCUGCAGAGUGCAUGGAAUACGCAAGCGUAAAGGACACCUUGACUAAAGCGCUGUCCAUGAUGGAAAGAGCCAUGCGUGGUCUCCCACCAGAGGAGCCCAAACCAACCACGACACCUGUGGAUGCAUCUCGGUAUGCCGCCCCUUCCAACAGACCUGCUCAAUUCACGAACAACUUCACCUCGACUCCUCUCGUAGCGCCACCCCCUACGACUCUUCGGAAACAAGUAGAACAAGUUGCUGCUCAGCGUGGACUCACUUUCCAUCCCAUACCGAACCGGAUGGUCGAAGGACAGCAGGUGUACAGACUUGAGUCCGUGCAUGUCUUCUUCGAUCGGAAUGUUAGUUACCUGUACAGUCACGUGGACGGGGGUUGGCAUCCUGUUUCGUUUGCUGAGCUUAUGUCGAAAGCGAGACUGUAGUGAUCACUCGUAUUGAUUUUUUGUAAAUUACGGGUUUUCUUUCAAAUUGUACAUAGAACUUUAUUUCCUGGUGUGUGGCACAAUACAAAUUAUAUUUGAG